AUGUUUGGUUCAUGGGGCAAAGGAAAGCAACGUGAAGACUGGUCCCCACGAUGGGGGCGAGAUUGGCGGUCAUCCGAUGCUUUUAUUAUAAGUACCAUGUCGCUGGCAUUGUUCACAGAUGAAUUGCUCUUCGCGUUUAUGAUUCCUUUACUUCCGACCGUACUCGAGAACCGAAUCGGAGUUGACCCCAGCCAUACGCAAUGGUAUAUCUCUGCGUUCCUCACGGAGGGGGCAUUUGUCUCCGUCGUGUCCAGCCCAAUCAUCGGGUCAAUCGCGGACGCGGUGUCCAGUAAGAAGGCACUCUUGCUGAGUUUACUCGUGAUCGCACUGAUCAGCAUUGUGUGCUUGUCGCUCACGACUGACUUGGCAUGGCUAUUCGUCGGUCGGUUCUUCCAAUGCAUCGCCAGCAACGCGCUGUGGAUUGUUGGAAUGGCUACUAUGGCAGAGAAUAUUGGGACUGAACAUAUGGGUAAGAUCGCGGGCUUCAGUUCCACCCUCACUGCGGCCGGCACAACAGCAGGUCCGGUCCUCGCGGGUCUCUUGUUUGCUGCUGGGGGCUACUGGGCUGCAUGGGCCGGGGCAGCGGCCUUCUUGGUGAUUGAUAUCAUCAUGCGGCUUCUCAUGGUGGAAAAACCCCCCGAGGACCAGAAGACUGUUGACGAGCAGGACCCCUUGCUCAAUGGCCGUCCAACCGCGGAAGCGACCGAGGUUGUAGGUGGUUGGCGCUUCUAUGCGUGCCUCUUCCGCCAACCACGCUUCGCAGCUGGGAUAUUCUGUUACUUUGUAUUUGCCUGGGUUAUCGCGUGCUUUGAAACUACCCUGUCAAUCCACGUGAGAGAGGCUUUCGGAUGGGGAGUGCUCCCCGUCGGUCUGUUAAUGGCAGCCAUCCAAGGACCGGGCACUCUAUUAGCGGGCCCCGUAGGCUGGUUGAAGGACCGCGUAGGAUCGCGAAACCCAACAGUCAUCGGAUUCCUGGGUCUCGUGCCUUUUGUUGUGAUCAUGGGAUUCCCAGGUGAUGAACGAUUUCCAUGGGUUGAAGGAGAUCGCGGCAAGGUUGUUUACGCAACAGCCAUGGUGUUCAGUGGAUGCUUCAUGUGUCUCAUGAAUGGUGUCGGGUCGAUGGAGGCAGCUGAAACCGUUGACAUUCUCGAGAAAGAGAAGCCCGGGAUUUUCGGCCCCAACGGUGGCUAUUCCCGGGCCAUGGCGGUAACAAGCAUGACUUGGAUGGCCGGACUGAUGAUUGGACCACUUCUUGGGGGUCUCAUUGUUCAACAAGCAAGCUAUUUUGUCCUCCAAUGCUUCAUUGGCGGCACGGCUUUGAUCGCGGCGCACCCACGGAGAGCGACGACGGAUAGCAGCCAUGACGCGGAAGUCAGCAGAGAUCUUUCUGUCGACGGCGAUGAAAGCCCCCAACCCGCGCACAAUCUCUCUAUCCGACAUUUCGGGGUUCUGUCCCACCACAUGAUCCCGUAUAAAGCCUUGAAUGGCGUCGCCUAUCUUCGCACUCCGCGCCGGCCAAUUCUCUUUAUCCGCCAGAUUGAGAAUACCGAGAGACUCGAUCAGUACGGGAGUGGGUACAGGUCGACUGACGAGUGCACGCCAGAACCGGAUACUUUGAGUCAUCUGGGCCCUCUCGCGAAACGCAAGACACUGUGUCAUCAACCCGUCGAAGUUGAUCGCAAUGCCACUCACGCAGAGCCCUUUGCCAAAGACAACCAAGUCGGGCUGAAGAUCAUCGUCCAUGCUCGAGUACUCUGGUCUCUGACACGCCCAUGGCGCUCCGCAUCGGAUAGCAGUCAUGGCCUCAUCGACGACGAGGAACAGCCUCGCGGCUAA